UUAUUUUAUUUAUUUGUCGCAAACGCCAAUUGGUUUGUGUACUCUAACCGACGAGACAGGAGCGUGGGGACGGUUAUACCGCAAAACUCUUUCUCGCUGCAUAAGGUUGAUCAAAUCGCGCGCUCGCACCUCACUCACUCCGCAUUUUCCCUUGUUCUCAAGGAUCUUCUAUCUAGGGCUGUUCCAUUUUCUCGUUUCCCAAACAGCCUCUCAAAGUACCUAAGCAAUGAGUGACGACCAUAAGGAUUCUUUUAACAUGUCCGAUGUCGAUGCCUCCCUCCCUGCCGCUGCCGCCGCUCUUAGUGCAGAGGAUCGUGCUGACCUUGUUAACGCCCUCAAGAAUAAACUUCAGAGUUUGGCUGGACAACACUCAAAUGUUCUCGAAACUCUGUCACCCAGUGUCAGGAAGCGAGUUGAGUAUCUGAGUGAGAUUCAGAGCCAACAUGAUGAGCUUGAGGCAAAAUUUAUGGAGGAAAAAAGGGCAUUAGAAGCUAAAUACCAGAAACUUUAUGAACCACUUUACACUAAGAGAUAUGAGAUUGUGAAUGGUAUAAAAGAAGUUGAAGGGGCUACAGAUGAAGUUGCUGUGAACCAGGAAGGGGAUGAAGAGAAAGGGGUGCCUGGUUUCUGGCUUACUGCAAUGAAAACUAAUGAAGUAGUGGGGGAGGAGAUAACAGAACGUGAUGAAGGGGCUCUAAAGUUCCUUAAAGAUAUCAAAUGGUGUAGAAUUGAUGAUCCUGAGGGUUUCAAGCUGGAGUUUUACUUUGAUCCUAAUCAUUACUUCAAAAAUUCUGUUCUAACAAAGACGUAUCACAUGAUUGAUGAUGAUGAUCCUAUUUUGGAGAAAACAAUUGGAACGGAGAUUGAAUGGUACCCUGGAAAAUGCUUAACAAAGAAGGUCCUUAAGAAGAAACCAAGAAAAGGAUCAAAGAAUGCUAAACCCAUCACUAAAACUGAGAAUUGUGCUAGUUUCUUUAAUUUCUUUAACACUCCUCGGAUCCCUGAGGAUGAUGAUGACCUGGAUGAUGAUGCUGUUGAGGAAAUCCAGGAUAGAAUGGAACAAGACUACAAUAUAGGUACUACUAUUCGGGACAAAAUCAUUCCUCAUGCUGUAUCAUGGUUUACGGGGGAGGCCGUUGAGAAUGAUGAUUUAGAAGAAGAAGACGACGACGAGGACGAUGAUGUUGAUGAUGAUGAAUAUGAAAAUGAAGAAGAUGAGGAUGGGGAUGAUGAAGACGAGGAUGAUGAUGAUGGCAAAAAAGACAGGAAGAAGUUAUCUGGUGGAACUAAGAAGAGUGGACGGGUGCAGGCCGGGGGAAGUCAGCAUGGUGAGCGCCCACCUGAGUGCAAGCAACAGUAGUAUUAGGGUUCAGGCUAAACAUGGUGGUGGCUGGCAGCGUGGUGUCGGUGAUGUCCUAGUUGGUGAAAAUUUUGGGCCUUGGCAUUUUUUUUUCCCUUAUUGUGUCUGUAUAUCUUAGUAGUUUCAUCAUCAUUGUUUUCUGCCUCUCUUCUCUUCCCUUCUCUUCCUCCUCUUCGAAUGUCUAUUUCGUUGCAUCCUUUUAUUUGUAUUGGGUUGCAAAAGUGUGCAUUUUUCUAGACAUGAGAAAGUCAGUCGAUGUAUUUAUUUCCAUUUGUCGCUUGUUAUGAUGUAUAUUCUACAUGGUUAUCUUUAAUGAAUCUUGUCCUCAUAGUUUACUCUUUAUUACUUAUAAUAAUAAAUUUUCAUUUGCUGAGA